UAGUGUUACCCUACUUGGUAGGGUUGAAGAUACCGAGCGUUUUCAUGGUAAUUUGAAACCCUAGGGGCGAGGGCUGACACUAUAGCCAGGUCACCCAGCAAGGAAAACAACCAAAAUGACGGCGGGAGAUAAAGUUUUGGCGGUUAAUUCGAUUCUUACGGCACUCGCUUCUUUAGUUCCUUCUUUUCAACUUUGUGCUUUGUUGUUGAUAUCUCUAAUGGCUGAAAGACAGCGUUUACAACUGGCUAGCCAGCACAUUUCAGCCCAAUAUAACAUUGCUAUGAAUCACCUCCGUAACGUCAAGAGACAAGUUUGUCGUAAAGGCAGGAUUUGGCGCAUACCCGGCCGUACUGAACAGUGGUGGCUCAAUUUACAACAUGGGAUUUUGCCAGAAAGUGAGUGGAAAACGAAUUUGAGGAUGGAUAGAAUUGUUUUUAUGAAACUAGUUGAUGAGCUGUAUCCUUAUUUACGUCCUGGACGUAGCCCGCGCGGCGAUGAUGUUCUUUCUGUUGAAAAGCAAAUCGGAAUGACACUAUACUAUUUGAAAGAUCAGGGAUCAUUGUACAUGACUGCUAAUUCGUUUGGUGUUUCGAAAAGUACAGCUUCUGUGGUCAUUAGAAAGGUAUGCGAUGUGAUUACUGCCACUAGGGGGCCAAAAUAUAUCAAACUUCCCAGCAAUGUGAAAGAAAUGGCUACACUUGUCAAGGGAAUAGAAGACAAAUAUGGAUUUCCACAGGCUUUUGGCUGCAUUGAUGGCACCCAUAUUGAAAUUCAGCAACUUACAGAAAACCCACAUGAUUACUAUAGCUACAAACAGAAGUAUACAAUUAAUACUCAGGCUGUUUGUGAUUGGAAUGGGAGAUUUCUUGAUGUUGAAGUCAAAUGGCCUGGAAGUGUACAAGACGGGAGAGUGUUUAGUAACUCCAGAAUAAACAGGCUCUUAAGAGAAGAAAAGCUUCCCAUGAUGUACAAGCAAAUUCUCCCUGGUUAUGACAAAGUGCCUGCAACAUUGAUUGGGGACCCUGCCUAUCCAUUGCUGCCCUACUGUAUGAAGGAGUAUGCAAGCCCAAGAAGUAAUGAAGAGGUAAUUUUCAACAACAUGCUCCGUGUAGCAAGGAACCCCAUUGAGUGUGCCUUUGGGGGGCUAAAGGCCAGGUGGCGAAUUUUAAACAAACGUCUUGACUCAGGCUUGGAAUUUGUCCCUCCACUUAUCUACACAUGUUUUGUUCUUCACAAUUUUUGUGGAGUCAAUAACCAACAGAUAGACGAGGAUAUUGUGUCACAACAAAUAGCUCUAGAGAGGUUACAAGCAAACAAUAACCCUGAUUGAUUGUACUCAUUCAAUACUGCAGAAGGAACAGGCACUAGAAACACUAUCACAUAUUAUUACAGAGAACAUAUCCCAUAUUGACUGUACAGUACGAAUGGCACAACAACAUCAUUGGCUUUCCUGCAAGCAGGAUUGCAAUUUGUAAACUUGAAACAUGGAAAAACUUGAUAUGUUUAGUUAAUAAGCAGCAGUACGUAACCAAUUGAAAGUGUAAUUAUUUGUGUAAAUAUGCAAAUU